AUGUCCCAAGUGUACAAGGCAGUGUAUUUUUCUCAUUCAUCAUUGUGGGAAGCGAAAAAGGGUGGAAGACCAAGCUAUGCGUGGUCUAGCUUGAACAAACUCGCAGGCUUUUGGAAGCGGAUACAGAGAGGUUUUUCAAAGGUUGUAGAUUCCCAGACCUUGGCACAAUUCUGCACUUUAUGCUACAUAUUCUGGGAGGCUCGGAAUGCUCUCAUCUUUCAUAGAGCGGCUCCGCGCCUCGAGUUGCUGCUAGCGCGCGAAGCAUCCUUGCUGGUGCCUCCGGCUACUAGACCACCCAUGACGUCGACUUGGUCACCACCUGGAACGGACAUCAUCAAAAUGAAUUUUGAUGCAUCUUGGCGGAACAAUGCAGCGAGUGGGUAUGCGUGUGUGGGUCGAAACACUGAGGGCGAGAUUAUGGCAGCUGCUACAGCUCCUCUAAUGGCAGAUUUUUCCCCUCUCUUGGCUGAAGCAAGCGCCUUCAAAUGGUCUAUUGGGUUGGCUAUGGACUUAGGCUUCUGGCGAGUAUGCAUGGAAACUGAUUGCUUAAGCCUCUAUCAAGCUUGGCAUAAGAAGGAAGUAGGAUGCUCUUAUUUAUUUUUGAUUUUGACAGAUUGUAGGCUUUUAGCCCCUGGUUUUGCUUAUUUUGAUGUAUCUUUUGUUAAACGUUCUGGAAAUAAGGUGGCGGAUUACCUUGGUCGCCAUUCGGAGGCAUUUGGUCAAACCGUGUGGAUUGAGGAAGUUCCCCACAAAGGUUGA